AUAGAAGCAGCAGAGAUGUACUAUCUAUUAAGAAACCAACAAGGCACCCUUUAUAGAUGUCACUUUGCAUUCACGUUGCAGAUAAUCCAGACCACUAUUGGCACUCCUCUCCCCUGGCCCUGCCACCUCCUUCAUCAGAAUAGGCUUCUGGGCGACCUUGUGACGGCAUUCGGACGAGAACAGCUGAUCGCGUCCGGCUGCCACGACAGAGCCAGUCGGGGCGCGGCAGGACGAGCACCCGGUUGCAAGGCGGAUUCGGUGUGGCACCCUCUAUUAAACAUGGCACUCACGUCGGUUACCAAGUCAACCAAGGCCUUCGAUGGCCAGAAACCGGGAACCAGUGGCUUGAGGAAAGCUGUCAAAGUGUUCCAGCAGCCAAACUACACAGAAAACUUUGUACAAUGUAUCCUGAGUGCCAUGGAGGGUGCCCUACCUGGCUGCACCCUUGUCGUUGGAGGCGACGGACGCUAUUUUGGGAAGCAAGCUGUUGACAUUAUUGUUAAGAUGUGUGCAGCCAAUGGGGUCCGCAAGUGCUUGGUUGGUCAGAACGGCAUCUUGUCCACCCCUUGUGUGUCGUGCAUCAUCAGAAAGUACAAGACAGCUGGUGGCAUUGUGCUUACAGCCAGCCAUAACCCUGGUGGACCUGACGCUGACUUUGGCAUCAAGUUUAAUAUCUCGAAUGGAGGACCUGCUCCAGAUGGUGUGACAAACAAGAUCUACAGCUUGACCCAGUCCCUGGCCGAGUACAAAAUUUGCCCCGACCUGAAAUGCGACAUUGAAACCAUUGGCACACAGGAAUUUGAGGUUGAUGGAAAGCCAUUUACCGUCGAGGUGGUUGACUCAGUAGCAGAUUACGUGGCAUAUAUGAAGGAGAUCUUUGACUUCGAUGCAAUCAAGGGACUCCUGCAUGGAGCCAACGGAAACCCACCUCUCAAAGUCCUCAUCAACGCUAUGCAUGGAGUUACGGGACCAUACGUUCGCCGCAUUUUCCUGGAGGAACUCGGGGCUAGUCCAGAUAGUGCUGUCAACAUUGUCCCAUUGGAAGACUUUGGAGGUCAUCAUCCUGACCCUAAUCUUACAUAUGCUGCUGACCUUGUUAAGGCACUGAAGGAAGGAGAAUAUGGUUUUGGUGCCGCCUUUGAUGGAGAUGGUGAUCGCAACAUGAUCCUCGGCUACAAGGCAUUCUUUGUGACACCCUCUGACUCCGUGGCAGUUAUAGCCGACAACACUGACUGCAUCCCAUAUUUCAAGAAAAAUGGAGUUAAGGGCUUAGCACGUAGUAUGCCCACAGGAUGUGCCAUUGACAGAGUUGCUGCGAAGAAAGGAAUGGAAAUAUUUGAGGUUCCUACUGGCUGGAAAUACUUUGGAAACCUUAUGGAUGCUGGAAGGUUGUCCAUUUGUGGUGAAGAGAGCUUUGGUACUGGAAGUGAUCACAUCCGAGAGAAGGAUGGCAUAUGGGCCGUGCUCGCAUGGUUGUCCAUCCUCGCUGUCCGCAAAACUACAGUUGAAAAGGUUCUGCUAAAUCACUGGCAAACCUAUGGAAGGAACUUCUUUACUAGAUACGACUAUGAAAACUGUGAAAGUGAUCCAUGCAAUGCCAUGAUGGCUACUCUGGAUGCCAUGAGUGGUGAUCCUGCCAUGGUUGGGAAGGAGCUAUCGCAUGGGGGAAAGACGUACAAGAUUGCCAAGAUUGACAAUUUUGAGUACACCGACCCUAUUGAUGGAGCUGUAGCGAAGAAACAGGGAGUGCGCAUUCUGAUGAGUGACGGAUCUCGUGCCGUAUUCCGACUCAGCGGCACAGGAAGCUCGGGUGCAACAGUUCGCAUGUACAUUGAGAGCUAUGAAUCUGAUGCCUCUACCUACACAAAGGAUGCUCAGGAAGUCCUCAAACCCCUAGUAGAAAUUGCAAUUAAUUUGUCCCAGCUCCGUGAACGCACAGGUCGCCAGGAGCCUACAGUCAUCACUUAAACAUUGGGACAGCAAGGGUGCCAGUAACUCCGGAUAUUAUGUGAAAUGAUGUACUUGAAUGAAUUUAGAAUAAAGACAUGCUUCUA